ACCACCGCUUGUCUCGGGCGGGAGAUACGGCAGGGCCCGAGCCGCCGGCGUGACGUCCUUCGGUCACGUGCCGCGUUGUUGACGUGACGUGUCGCCCGGCGACUGGCGCGGAGGUGACAGGGGGCGGUGACGUCACGCGGUGACAGUUCUCGUGGUGGCAUCGGGGGGGGGACAAGUUUUGGAGGGGGUCCCCGCGCGAUGAUGGGCCAUGUGGAGCAUUGGUGAAAAACUAUCCCUGCUUUGAAGACCCCUCACAAUGAGCUGCCCAGAGAAGAAAGACGAGUGCUCCCCUCCAUCAGCGAAACAGAGGAGAGUUUUGGAGACUGAUGAAAAGAACAAUGGAGUUCUUGACCUGCCAGAUAGCCAGGAGGCCGAGGCUGCACAGACUUUGUGGGAGAUGACCAACUGGAGAGAGAACGCCGACGAUAAUGAGCAGCCAGGCAAUGUUAUUCCGCACACUCCAGAAAAUGGCACAGCAGAAGACUCUCAUGCCAGACUACCUGUGUGCACACCGGAGAGGGGAGACACAGGGGAAAGUGCAACAGGAACCCCUCACAUCCCUGAAGGUGGUGAAACCGGAGAGAAGAACACCACUCCAUCAAAGCAAGAUCCCUUAAGAAGGGAUGCGGCAGGGAAUGGUGACCCAGACGAUCAGCGGAAAAGAUCUGCCCAGCCAAACUUAGAGAUAGCGGACGCAGAAGAGCCUGCUGUCCUGUCGCCUCUUUCCUCAGAUUCAGAAGCGGCUGAGCAUCGAUCGUGCAGCGAGGGCGACGAGUGCUGCAUCGUUUCUGUUGGCACCCAACCUACUAGCACCGAUCGCUCCCUGCAGGCUCUGGAGUCCGUGCAGCAGGAGCUGAGGUCAGUCAAUGAACGGGCGGACCGCGCUCUGCUGCAACUGAAACGGAGAUACGGACAGCUCCGAAAACCGCACAUCCAGAAACGCAACUCCAUCAUACGUACCAUCCCGGGUUUUUGGGUCACUGCUUUUCUGAAUCACCCCCAACUUUCUGCAAUGAUUGAUGACCGCGACGAAGAUACAUUAAGCUACAUGAAUAAUUUACAGGUAGAGGACUUUACACACCUAAAGUCAAGCUGCAAGAUAAAAUUCUACUUCAACUCCAAUCCUUACUUUAAGAAUGAUGUGAUCAUCAAGGAGUUUCAAUAUGGUUCCUCGGGCCGCCUCACAUCUCAUUCUACUCCCAUUCAAUGGUGGCGAGGGCAGAACCCAUCUCAUAGUGGCAAAAACAGUUCUACACCGAGCUUUUUCAGUUGGUUUUCUGAUCACAGCUUCCCUGCUGCCGACCGCAUCGCAACAAUAAUCAAAGAAGACCUGUGGCCCAAUCCUUUGCAGUAUUACCUUAUUGGUGAGGGCGAAAGUGACGAUCAUCCGGCUGAGGACAGCGAUCCAGACAACACAGAUGAUUGUGUUGUCAUUGUUGACGACGAUGAUGACGACGACGACGAGGAAGAUGCAGUAGAAGAGAAUGAGGAAGAUGAUGAUGAUGAAAAUGAUGUGCAUGAAAUAUCUGAUAAUACAGAAAAGCACACAGAAGGUACGGAUAACGACGACGACGACGACGACGAUGAUGAUGAGGAAGAUUUGGAGGAAGAAUCUGUCCCGGAGGAGCUGGUGGAGUCCACCGUUGUUGAUGAGACAGAUAACAUUGUGUUGGAUGCAGAUGACUCAGAAAACUCCUCAGAAGAAGGUGGCGACUCUGAAUAGGAUGCAAGGACGACUUUUGAGUAGCUAAAUCAUUAGUAGGCGCAGGGAAUCCUUCACCCCACUAGAAGGCGAGUUGCACUACAGGGAGUAAGGUUUGUAGGAAACUUGUUAAAUUCCACUGGCAUGGGAAAAACAUACAGCUACCCUGGCGAGGCCUCUCUUGCCCAGCACCACAAGCAUGUCUGAUCAGGGGCAACCCAUUUAUACGCUUGUCUAGUUAACGUAGUGGGGAAGUGGACAUCUGCUUCUACCCCAUUGCAGUAUCCAUAGCAUUUGCACUGCAAAGUAGGCACACAGGAGCCAUAUAGGAAUCUUAAAAUACUGGAUUUGUCGAGGUUGUACUCUUAAUUUAAAAAAAAAAGAGCAAAGCUAUUUUAUCAGUAAAUUUUAAGUGUGUUCUUUUUUUAGAUAAAUAGAUAUUUACAUUUUUUAUAAUUCAGGGGUUUUCUUUUUCUCUUUUUUUUUUUUUUUUUUUUUUAAAGCUGCAAAUAUUACAUUGGCACCAAUGCGUGCCAGCAAAAAAGAGUAAGCGGAAGAGAAAAGAUAACCGUAGAGCUCUGCAGGCAACCUUUUUUUUUUUUCCUUUUCUUGCACUACUACACAGAGAAGAUUUUUGUAGUAAUGCAGGGUUGGUCCUUUCAUCGAUCAUUUAUAUUUAUUGCGCCAUUCCACGUCUGUGCCGUCUGCUGUGGACCUCAAUUAUAUUUUUCCACGACAAGCUUCAAGUCUCUGUCUUUACCCGGCCCGACGUUGCCCUCACGUGGACCACACCUUUGAAAACCUCAGUCUUGUCUUACUCCAUUGACACUCAGCAAAGCUGUGUUUCUUCUAGCACAAUAGUGUGUACACUGGCUUACUGUGUAUGUGUGUAUUUAUAGAAAGAGAGGUGAUUGCACAGGAACUUGGAAGACCAUUCUGCUUGCGUGCUUAGUGGCGUGCGACGCAGCCAGCAGUUCAACGCUUUGGAAAUUUAACCUCUAAGCUCCGUACCAGAGCACAAUCCUGCUUUUAUGUUUUCUCUCAUACGCAAUGGUAUUUUUUAAUUUUUUUUAUUUUAGCUGCGACCUAUCUCUCAGUGGUUCCAUUUCUGUGCAGGCCACAUUUUAUCGAAAUGCGACGAUACUGCACCCUGGUGGCAGCUAUGCGGUCUUACAGACACAAGUCGCUUUGGCACGAAAGCUGCAUAUCUGAGCAACGCGAUAUCUAUUCUUUCACAUACAUAAGCGCCCGGUAGGAUUUGCUUAUCCCAUCAUUUAAUCCCACUGGAAGGGGGCAUCCGCAUCUGCACAUAACACUGGCCAGCACGGUUGAUGGUGUUUCUAUUUUCACCGUAUGUCAUGUCUUUUUUAUUGUAAUGCACUCCAAGGCAAAUUCGGUUGUCAGGAGGCGUCAAAACAAAUAAGGUUUGCAUCAUUGUGGGGGAGGGCGAUGCUUCGGUGUCUUAAGGAUUUAGCGAUAGUCGUUCAGUUUAGAAACUGCGCAACAGAAAUUUUGGGGUAGAAGUUGCAAAAUGCUUCAUUUUCUGCUGCUAGGCAGUGUAAUGCUCAGGAUUAUAGUGCACUGAUUACCUUUAGGACAGCCUAUUCUUUCCAUAUUGUAUCUUUCUUAGAAACCUGCACUGUAAAGGUUAACACCUGCAUAGUCAUAGUAUAGAAAUGAGAAUAGAUUUUACCCUGUUCUUGAUAGAUUUCUACUAGUCUUCUCUUCAUUGUGAAAUAGGCUACCUGUGUAGCUGCUGAUUAGGUUUCCUUUCUCCUGCUGUUACUGGAAGACAUUUGCUAGGAACGUGGAGAAUACGACCUCUCUUCUUUACCGGUAUGUCAUUCUCCAUCCUGGCUGGGAUUAUACUUAUAGGGCAAAUGGCUUUCCUCACUUCGUAUUCACACCGGGAGGUGUAUUCUGCUGUACCUUUCCAAGAUAGGCCUGUGACCUCAUCCAGAAGAAUGACACAAAGAAGUCUCUAGGAAUUUCUGUUUGCUGAAUAAUUAUGUAGUGUGGCACAUGUGAAGUUACCCAAAAACCGCAGCACCCUUAAAGGGCAUCUGUCAGUAGGUUUGUCCCUCUGACACUGGCUGACCUGUUACAUGUGCGCUUGG